CGUCGGUGCCUGCGUGCAGCUCGUGCCGCGUCUCUUGCACAGCCAUGAUGGCCUCCGCCGCUACCGAGCGCAACAAUAACAACGAGGAACCCGGACUUAACGGGUCUUGGGUGGAGCUUGAGAUGAACGGGAAUGGAAAUGGGAAUGGAACAACUGCUGCUGAAAAUGGCAACGAGCGGAACGGGGGCCUGGAACAUGUGCCUUCAUCAUCCUCCAUUCAUAAUGGAGAUAUGGAGAAGAUUCUUUUGGAUGCACAACAUGAAUCUAGCCAGAGUAGCUCCUCUUGUGACAGUCCUCCUCGACCACACACACCUGAUGAUGAAGGACAAAUUUCUUUCGAUGUGGAAAUGCACACCAGCCGAGAUAACACUAGUACACAGUCUGAAGAGGAAGGCAUCGACAGGGAAAAAGAAGAGGACAUAUUGCUAAAGAAAAGUGCUGAUUGGGUAGCAGAUUGGUCUAGCAGGCCUGAAAACAUCCCUCCUAAGGAGUUCCAUUUUAGACAUCCCAAGCGCUCAGUUACUUUAAGUAUGAGGAAGACAGGGGCGAUGAAGAAAGGUGGCAUUUUCUCAGCUGACUUCCUGAAAGUCUUUAUCCCGUCGCUGCUUCUUUCCCACAUCCUGGCUCUUGGUCUUGGUGUUUACAUCGGGAAGAGACUGACAACACCCUCUGCCAGCUCCUUUUGAGCGGGAAGUGCCUGCCGCCCACCCGCCAGCCAAACAACUUGUGUUAAUGUGUCAGUUUGUACAAUGACCUUGAGCAUGACCCUUCUCAUCUCACAUCACAACACCUUCCACCCCUGUUUGGGCACACCAUUCAAGGGAGAGCUCAUCGCAGAAAAACAUCUUGUUAUCUUGCUCACUUCUACUUUGCUUUAAACUUAUUUUCAGUUAUGACUUAUUCUAGUCUCGUUUUCUGCUUUAGUUGUGAACCCUAAAUUUUGCACUCGGUGGGGGAAUUCAUACGGGGUGCCUUGGUGAAACGAACAGAGACACAAAAUUUGAUCAGUCUCUGUUGUGGCUGACAGGGGGUCAUAAAUCAGGGCGAUAAUACAUAUGUGUAAACUAAAUAGUUGAAGAAAUUACAUUACUUCUUAAAUAUUCUUUAGGAAAAUAUUCUCAGUUGCAAGCAUAAUAAAAGCUUAUAAAUCAUCUUGUAUAAAUGGCCAAUGCAUGAAGCUUGGCUUGUGAAAUUUGUGAUGGAGAAAGGUAUUCAAUUUUGCAGUUGUUCUUUUCUGUUUGUAUUUUCAUUUACAUUAAGACAAUUGGCAAAUACCUCUAAUCCAGUGCAUUUUCAUUAUUUGUUGGUGUUUUUCCCCAGGGAUAAAUCCCUGAAUUCCCAACAGGGCUGAGUAAUUCAAAAAGGCCUUAUUUGUUGUGCAUAUAUGCACUUUGACUUCUUUUGAAGAGUGACUGUUCUAAAUUUUUGUCAAGCCUGAUCCUGUUGGCUUGACAUGACAAAUCUAAGAGAUGAGGCAGAGUUUGACAAGGUGGGGAUACAAGGCAGGCUGAAUCCUAGAGGGUUUGUAAAGCUUGCUGUUUUUAAGAAGAGCUGCAUCUGGCCACAAGACAGUGUAUAAUGUGGUUGAGCUGACAAAAAAUAUUACAGCUUCAAUCCCAGACAUAGAAAGGCUAAUUUAAUUCUUUAAUGCAAAGCAGAAAUGGUCUAAGCAGAAUAACACUUACGCGAUUGCAGUCUUAGUGGAAAGAAUAAAGUUGAGUAGUUACCAAACAUCUAGACCUGGUCUUAAGGGGUAAAGGUAGAGCAUGAUAUUUUUACAGUUGGGGGGAGUGUUGUUCAGAAAUAGGGUAUCUGUGUAAGUACUUCUCAAUAUAUCCAUGAUCAUCUGAUAGGGCAUUAGGGGGGCAUUUUUUGACCAAACAUAAGAACCAUACAGUAUGCAUUUUAAUUUCUGAAACUAGUAGUUUUUGUAUAAAAGUAAAGUGUGGGUUUUCAUAGUGUUAGUUCACUAGAAAAAUAUGCUAGGUAGAUAACAGUAUUUGCAGUGAGAUUAUUUUUUUGGAAUGAGUUCAUUACAAAAACAUGCAAAAUUUAGUUAGAAAAUAGAAUAACCAUGUUCACAUAGGUAGUUAAAUGUUUUACAAAUAAGAAAAAUAUAUAUAUAUGUUGCAUGCUGUGUUGGAAAAACAUCAACAGUGUAAUGUAAGACCUCGGAUACAACACUGGGAAACAUGGACUUUAUUGGUCUGAUAGCUUAAAAGAACAAGGCUGCUAUCGAUAAUUUUGAGGCUAGAAGCUGGAUGCUGUCUUAUGGUGCUGUAAGAAAAGUCAUGCAUAUUUUGAGUUUCCCUUUACAUUUUGCACCUGAUGCUAAUGUGCCUUGAGGACACCUUGAAGGUUGUUUUAAGUAUGUAGAGGUUAACACAUUGCUUACUUAAGUUAACAUUUUAUGAUUGUUUGUUUUAGUGUCAGGAUCAAUAUAUAAUAUAUAAUACUUUACAGUUAGAACAAAACAUAUUGAUAUAAAGCCAUAUUGCAGUGGUCAUCUGUCCUAAAAUUGGUUUGAAAAAAGAAUUGCAGGGAUAGUGUCAGAUUGUAAAACAGCCUCAGCAGCAUGUUCGUAGUAGUCCCAUCGGUUAUUGGGACCUCUUUACUUCUACAUCUUCAAGUUAAAUGCUUCUUUUAAGUGUUUAACUUUCAUGCAUGUUCAAAUGUAUAAAAUCUGACCAAAACAAACUGAACAGUUUCAAGAUUACAUUUAAAGAUUUAAGGCACUUUCAGCACACUCCAGAUUAGCAAACUACAUGCAGCGGGACUAUAGAUUCAUCUUGACUUGAGUUAAUUUUCUAUAUAACACACUCAUGUAGUGUAAUUGUAACUGAAUUAAAAGGAGUGCAGAUGUAGUCUCCAAAAGAUCUCCAAAGUUAGUAACGUAUUAAAAAUGCCACGUGAACCUAGGUUUACCAGUUUAAAAUAGUUCUAAAUUAUAGACUAAAAGUGAGAGCGCAGGUUUGUAGCUUACUGUGGAGUCUUAUGUUAACCAUUACUGUCAAUCAGCGUUUCAUGUACAUCUACUUCUUAUAAAGUAAUUGUUCUACAGUCAACUAGAAAAUAAUAGCAGAUCUUUUACUUCCUGUUCCUGUUACCUCCUCUUAAUGGACAACCUGUCUUGGAAGGCCAUCUUAGUACAUUUGCAAAAAUCUCAUUUACUGGCUUUCAGUGCAUUACAAAAUAUAGUUGAUGUCAUUUAUUAGCAUCUUCUGGAAGUCCUGGCCAAGGCCAAUCUGUGUGGAAAGUGAUGGGAAUCAAAAUGCUUUUUGUAUUCAGCGAUCAUCUGGUUUCAUGGGGCGUUAAGUUGUUUUUAAAGAUAGAUUGAACUAAAAAAUACCCAUUUGAAACUGAAGGUUACAAAAUUUCUUGUGUUCUUUUACUGCAAAUUCGAUCUGUGUCACAAAAAAAUUCAGAUUGGGAAGUGAUGCACUGAUUACAUUAGUUUAACCAUCCUCACAGUAACAAGAAGAAAUACUUAAAAAUUAGAUCUUCAAUCAUUUCAGCCCAUGUGCUGUUUGGACAAUCCAACAGAAAGUGAGGAAAGUGUUGAUCAUCAGUGCCUUACAAAACCUAAUGAAAUAGGGCUAUGAUCUUUUCUACAAGGUGACACCUUGUAGUUUGAUAUAUGUUACUGAUAAAAUGGACAAGAGAGACACUUUUAAAAGUUUUCAAGUGCACAUAGCCAUUAUUUCCACAUAUAUUUUGUCCCCUCAAUUCAUGAUAUGGUAUAUUUUAAUUCAGUAGUACGUAGAUGGGUUUGAUGCUGCUUUGUCACAGCCUGAAUUUGUCAGCUUGGAAUAGGAAAGGCUGUUUUAGUGGUGUUGGUAUUUUAGUCUCCAAUAUGGAAGACUGUGUUCCCUGUAUAUUGCAGUAUUAGUCUGUUGUGUCAAGAUUAGACCCAUUGGUCCUUUAAGCAGGGUCUAAUAAAAUAAUGCACUUGUUGUGCAAUAUGGUAAUUUACAAAACUCUCCAAGCCUUCUUACUUACUGCAUUUCAGGCCCACACAUAAAAGCCAGUUUUAUAUAGUUUGUAUCUACCUAAAGGCCAAAAUGUAAAUUAAUGUAUGUGAACUCUUUUUUUUUUUGGCAAGAGUGGAAUUAAUGUCAAAAUUUUCCUAAUAACAUGCCUCUACCAUAUUCAAGAGGAGUAGUAACUCAGUUUUAAAAGUGAGUAUAUUUGAUUUUCUUUUUCCACACAGAAUUAGCGUUGCCGGUAUUUUUGGAAUUAAUAAUGGUCCUUUUAAUCUGCAGAUCUUUUGAUCAUUAAGUAAUAAAAUCCUGUAGUAUUUUUCCCAGAAAUUUGGUUACAGAUUGCUGUUUUGACAAAACAUCUAAAGCUGAUGCUAAAACCUUUUCAUGUUUGUGUCUCAGAUAUCUAAAUGUACAGUACCUAUCACAUAUUCGAUGACCACACCACUGAGGUAUUUGUUUUGUGUGCUUGCAGGUCUAUAUGUGCUUUGGAUUGGGAGGAGAUGUGUGUGAGGUUUGCCAACAGCUGGUUUUAUUCCAGUUCCUGAUUUAAUUGUGUAUGACAGAGGCUACAUAGAGGUCACAAUACAUCAAGGUCUUAUACUAUUUAUAGAUGAUGUGGGCAGCUAAUUCAAGUUUUUGUUUCAUUACGAAGCAUUUUGUUAAAAAAAUUUACACGAUAAAAAAGAGUAUAUGCAUUUUAAUAUUGCCUUUCACAUUGCUGUGGUGCAUGAAACAACACUGCCUGCAGGACCAGGCGAGAGGCUCACUUAAGUGCUGCACAAAAGUAGUACAGGCAGCAGGGCACAUGCUGUUGGGUAGGGACUGAUGUCAUAUACUGAGUGGUGAAAUCCCAAGGUGUCCCAAAGGCAUUUCUCAGCUUGCACGCAAGACCACUUACCCAAAUGAUUAACGUAAAUCCAUGUGGUGGUACUUUCCCUGGAACUGGUGCACUUAACUUUUCAGUUCGGCCCAACCUCUUGUCCUAGUAUUGAUUAAGCUGUUCCUGAGAGAUCCUUGUUGCCUACUGAAUGACAUAGUAGAUAGCACCACAAGAACCUCUUGUGUCCUGACCAGCAUCCUCUACAAGAUUCAAGUUGUGCACUGCAGAAAAGAUCUCAAGCUCUGCUUUGAACAGCAAAGGGUGCAGGUCUGGAUAUAAUGUGAGGAUCCUACUAUGGAUUCUGCCAUUUCAUCUCAAUCCUUGACAAACGCUGUCUUUGUUUUUUAAAUGUCAUGUUCUAUAUUCUAUGCCAGCUUGUUUCUGUGUCUAGUUGAGACAGGUGAGAUGGCUAACAUCAGCUGUGGGUAGAGUGUUUUCAGCAGGAUGUCCUGCCACACCAACAUCAGCUUAGCUGAUAGGAAACUUUUGCUUCUUCACGUGUCACCUUGAAGAAACAUUGAAAAGUUAUAAAAUCCAAAAAAAGCAAACCCAGCUCAACCCUGCCAAACAAACUGUUAUGCUCUUCUCACAUUCUAUCCCUUACCUCUAAAAUCAUGCUGAGAAAUUGGACAGAAGUAUUGGAGUUUACUGAGCCAAAGUGAUUUUAUCUUUCUUUGUUACAUUUAGGUAAAACUUUGUAAUAUUGUAUGUUGUAAUUAAUAACAUGGAACGUAGUAAUCAUUUGUGCCAUUAAAGUGCUCUCUAAAACA